AUGUCUGAACGCUCCACUGUCCACGUCGAGGGCAUUGCGUCCGCAACCACCGACAAGGAGGUCCAGGACUUCUUUAGCUUCUGCGGAAAGAUUACCCACAUUUCCGUUACCCCCGUUUCAGGCGAAGCUGAAGCCCAAAAGUCGGCCACCGUCACUUUCGAAAAGGAAGCUGCUGCUAAGACCGCUCUCCUUCUCGACAACACCCAGCUUGGUUCCUCCCUUGUGCACGUCAAGGCAGCUCAGACCCUUGACGACAUCGCCGGCGACCAGGCCGCCAGCGCCGGACAGGCCAAGGACGAGCACAACCACGACCUCGAGCAGGAGGACAAGCCCCGUUCUCGUAUUGUAGCUGAGUACCUGGCCCACGGCUACACCCUCAGCGACACUGCCAUCCAGAAGGCCAUCGCCCUGGACAACAAGCACGGGUUCUCGUCGCGCUUUACCAGCGCUCUGUCCACCUUCGACCAGAAGUACCACGCCACGGACCGUGCUCGUGGUCUGGACGAGAACUACAAGCUCAGCGACAAGGCGACCACUGGCUGGCGUAAUCUGAACCACUACUUCGAGAAGGCCCUCGACACUCCCUCUGGCAGGAAGUUGCGGGACUUUUACUCCCAGACCAACAAGCAGGUGCAGGAUAUCCACAAUGAGGCUCGCAGACUUGCGGACUUGAAGAGCGGCAAGACCACCACUGAGGGUGGUGAGGCUCCUGUCCCUAGUACGGCACCUGCUACUCAGCCGGCGGGUACUGCUGCUCCUGCUGAGCAGGCGUAA